AUGUCGUGUGAAGAAAGCUACUUGGCCAUCAUACGCUACCUGACUGAUGAACGGGAGCCUUACGCACCGGGGACUUCAGGAAACACCAAGAGGAAAAUACGUAAAGCGGCGACCUGCUACGUCGUGAGGAGCGGGACUUUAUUUUACCAGCGACGGCUGAAGGGGCAGAAUGACUUCACGGAGCUGGAGGUGGUGCUGCAGGACGAGCGGAGGAAGGACCUCAUCAACGAGACACACAUCACCGAGGACGGAGAACACCUGAACCAGCAGCUCACCUGGGACACCAUCUCCCAGAAGUACUGGUGGAGAGGUAUCCUGAAGAACGUGAAAGACCACAUCAGAGAGUGUGUUCAGUGCCAGAGCAGACGAGGGGUCGAUGACGGAUCAGGGAUCAGGCUGUUCUCCCGGCCGGGCAGACGCAAGGUCAACACGAAUGAUGAAGAGGGCGAGAGUGAGGAGGAAGAAGAAGCAGACGAUGGUUUAUUUGUCACUGACUCGUCAAGUCACCUGAGAUCAAAGUUGGCCAAGAUGGCCAAACACGAGCUGGUUUUUGUGGACAGUAAAGGUGAAGUAAAUCAGUUCCUGCCUAAACACAGCCAAACCAUGCUGGACAAACUGAACCAGCAGCGCCUCAACAACCAGUUCUGUGACAUCACUCUGCUGAUCGAAGGCGAGGAAUACCGAGCACACAAAGCUGUUUUGGCGGCGUGCAGCGAGUACUUCAACGAGCUCUUCUUCGAGAAGGGCGCCGCCUCCACACACGAAGCGGUGGUCGACCUCUCAGGAUUCACCAAAGUAAGCUUCCUGCCACUGCUUGAUUUUGCAUACACGUCCAUGCUCACCUUUAAUUUCUGCGUGAUGGCAGACAUCGCCAACCUGGCGCGACAUCUGCUGAUGAACGAGGUUCUGCAGAUUUGUGAGUCCGUGCACAAGCAGGUGGAGGCGCAGAAGCUGACAGUGUAUCAUAAAGGAGACGUGCACACGGUGGUGUCGAGCCAGCCGGCGGCUCAGGACGGCUCAAAGGACGAGUCUGCUCCCUACACGGUCACCAUACAGAGCGACGGCCAGGCGGUGGUCACACAGGGCGGCGUGGCUGUGACAGGUGAACCUUUAGCUUUAGUUGAAGCUGCUGCUGCGGAGGCCUACAUCCAGCAGCCGAUGGUGCUGACUGAAGCUGUGGAGGGAGACGCAGUGCAGCAGGUGGAGGCCGGACAGAGCGAAACAAUGACUCUGAUCGCUCACAGCGGACUAGCCGAGCCUGGAGAGACGGUCACUCUGAUCUCAGCAGAUGGAGCAGAGGGGGAGACGAUGACCGUGGUCACUCACAGUGGACAGGCUGGAGCGAGCGAGUCCCUCGCCGUGGUGUCAGCCUGCCUCGCUAUGGAGCAGCCGCAGGUCGCAGAAACGGAAGCCUUUGUUAUAAAUGUAGAGCCAGACAAAGUGAGCGCCUCAGAGGAGGUCAAAGCACCAUCUGAAGCAGUGACACUUCCUCAGGAGAACGCAGAGCCGACACCUACACCCCAAAAACGUAGAAGAGGGCGACCAGCCAAGGUGAAGAAGGAGGUGGUGGAGGUGGAGGAGUUCUUGCCUCUGGACGAGGAGGAUCCCUCUGCUGAUGAAAGCCAUGGAGACAAACUGGACAUGGUGUCAGACGAGCCGAACAAAAGACGACUCAGGCAGCGCUCCAUAGCUGAGGGGGGGUACGCUCGUUUACACAUGGGGUUGGAGGAAGAAGAGGAAGGGAAGAAAGGAGCAGUGUCACCCCGUGCCGCCACACCAAAGGUUGCUCAGAGGACAGGUAAGAGGGGAAGACCACCAAAGCAGCCCGUAGAGACACAAAGUGAAGGACAGUCAGUGUGUGAGUCAGGAGCAGAGCCGGACACCAGUGUGAUGGAGAGCGAGGUGACAACAGAGCUCAGCACAGACGAGGCCGCGAGGAAGCCGGACGACGCAGAGACCGGGGAGAAUAAAGAUAAAACCUCCGCAGGGGGCGCUGUAGACGGAGAACACACCUGCUCAGAGUGCGGCAUGUCCUUCCCCAGACGCUACUCUCUCAUCAUGCACACGUUAAAACACGAGAAGGCUCGAGGAUACAAGUGCAGCCUGUGUAGCAAAGAGUUCCAGUACGCCGCCUCCCUCCGCGCUCACCUGGCGCGACACAAGCAGCAGAGCAGCCAGCGUCCCCCCGUCGUCAAACCCCCCGUGGAGCAGAGCCGCGAGGGGAAGGUGGACAGCGAUCUGGACGAGAAGACGACGUCUCCUCACACAAAGAGAGAGUUUGUGUGCGACAUCUGCGGGAAGACGUUACCCAAGCUGUACUCGCUGAGGAUCCACAUGUUGAACCACACGGGCGUCCGGCCUCACACCUGCAAAGUCUGCGGGAAGACGUUUGCCCACAAACACAGCCUGAAGAUGCACCGAGCGCUGCACGACGUCACCAAACAGUUCCAGUGUCAGUACUGCAAGAAGUCUUUUAUGAGCAAGCGGAGCAUGGAGGAGCACACCAGCGUCCACACAGGUGAAUCAAAGUAUCUCUGCAACACGUGCGGAACAACUUUCCAUCGAGCCUCAGCUCUGAGCAAACACCUGAAGAAGCACCUGCCCAGACCUGACGUCCGCCCGUUCGCCUGCUCUCACUGUGAUAAGAGGUUCUUUGAAGCCAAAGACCUCCAGCAGCACAUGAACAAACACAUGGGUCUGAAGCCGUUCCAGUGUCAGGUGUGUGGAAAGUGCUACAGCUGGAAGAAGGACUGGUACUCCCACGUGAAGUCUCACAGCGUGGCUGAGCCCUUCAAGUGUAACGUGUGUGGAAAGGAGUUCUUUGAGAAGGCUCUGUUCAGGAGGCACGUGAAGAAAGCCACACACGGGAAGAAAGGCCGAGUGAAGCAGAACCUGGAGAGAGAGUGUGAGCAGUGUGGGAGGAAGUUCACUCAGCUCCGCGAGUACAGGCGACACCUCAACAACCACCAGGGAGUGAAACCGUUCGAGUGUCUGACUUGUGGCGUUGCCUGGGCCGACGCUCGCUCUCUCAAACGUCACGUGCGCACACACACAGGGGAGCGGCCGUACGUGUGCCCCAUGUGUCAGGAGGCCCACAUCGAUGCCCGCACUCUACGUAAACACAUGGCCAAGUACCACGGAGACAACCUGCCCGGGAAGAUCAUGCUGGAGAAAGACACGCUGCAGUUCCACAACCAGGGCACGCAGGUGGAGCACGCCGUCAGCAUCCUGGCGUCCGAGCUGCCCCCUGAACUCCGCCCGGCCCAGCAGACGCCCGCAGAGGAGAUCGAGACCGUGCUGAUCACGGAGGAGACGGUGGAGGCCGUAGAGGCGGUGGAGGCCGUGCAGGCCGUGGAUGCUGGAGCUGAAGGCUCGGUGGCGACGCUGUCGGAUCAGGGCAUCAUGCAGGUGGUGAACUAUGUCCUCGCCCAGCAGGCGCUCACAGGAACCAAACUGGAAGAAGGCCAAGAGGUGAUCCAGACCAUGGAGGUGGAGGUCGCUCACGUUGCCGAGGUGGAGUAACCAUGACCUCCACACACAGACUGACCAUAAAGUGUCUCACAGUCUGUAUAAAAUGUAACAGAAUGUAAAAAGACAAAUUAUUUUUGAGAAUGUAAAUAAUGUGAAGCAUGAGAAGAACUGUGCAGGAGAACGUCCUGCGUCUUAUUUCUUUGUUCAGUGAGAAGAUGAACUGAAAUAAAGGUAGCAGUGAAGUCACAA